AUGGUCAAACAAAAGCAUUCCUUUUAAUUACAUCUUUCUAAGAAACAACGUCAGCCAAUAGAAACACUAACCUUGUACAUUACGUAGUACUAUGAACAUGACCCAUUUCUUUUCUUCUUUAUAUUAACCCCUUUCAUUUCUCAAAAUCAAACUUUUCCUAAACCCAAAACCAAAAACUUCACCACCAUGACAUCUUCAUCAAGUAGUUUAGAAAACAAUAACAAUAACAAUUUUUUAAACAAUUUUACCUUCUCAACACACCCUUUUAUGACUACUUCAUCUUUCUCUGACCUUUUAGCUUCUACUAUAGAAGAGAAAUCAAGUGGUGAAAGAAAUGGUUAUGGUUAUGGUGGUGGUGGAAAUGGUGGGGGUGUGCCAAAAUUUAAGUCUAUACCCCCUCCUUCUUUGCCUUUGUCACCUCCACCUGUUUCUCCUUCUUCUUACUUUUCUAUUCCUCCUGGUUUGAGUCCUGCUGAGUUACUUGAUUCACCUAUUAUGCUUAACUCUUCCAAUAUUUUGCCAUCUCCUACAACUGGUUCUUUUGCUGGUCAAAGCUACAAUUGGAUGAACAAUUCUGAAGAGAAUCAGAUUAUUCCAAAGGAAUCUGACAAAAGCUUCUCAAAUUUCUCUUUUCAAACCCAACAAGGACCUGCUGUUACUGGAUCCAAUACUACUUUAAAAUCAUCAACAGUUGCAGUUGAACAGCAGCAACCAUGGAGUUAUCAAGAAAUCACAAAUCAGAAUGGUUUUUCACCUGAAAACAAUAUGAUCCAAACUGAAAACAACUCUUCAAUGCAGAGUUUUUCACCUGAAACCAAUAUGAUCCAAGCUGAAAACAACAUUUCAAUGCAGAGUUUUUCUCCUGAGAUUGCUAAUGUUCAAACCAUCACAAACAACAAUGGAUUCCAAUUAGAUCAUAACACCAAUUACACAAUCUUAAGCAGAAGAUCAGAUGAUGGAUACAAUUGGCGAAAAUACGGACAAAAACAAGUUCGAGGAAGUGAAAAUCCAAGAAGUUAUUACAAAUGCACUUACCCUAAUUGUCCUACAAAGAAGAAAGUUGAGAGAUCAAUUGAAGGGCAAAUUACUGAGAUAGUUUAUAAGGGUAAUCAUAAUCAUCCUAAACCUCAAGCUGGUUUUAGGAGAAACUCAUCAUCAUCUUCUAAUUCUCUUGUUAUUGUUCCUGUUAAUCCAAAUGGUAAUGAAAUCCAUGAUCAUUCAUAUGGUUCACAUGGUAAUGGACAAAUGGAUUCUGUUGCUACUCCUGAGAAUUCAUCGAUAUCAAUCGGAGGAGAUGAUGAUUUCGAGCAGAGUUCUCUUCAGAGGGCUAGAUCUGUUGGUGCUGAUGAAUUUGUUGAAGAGGAACCUGAACCUAAAAGAUGGAGAAAUGAAAGUGAAAAUCAGGGUAUAGUCCUUGGACACAGGACAGUGAGAGAACCUAGAGUUGUUGUUCAGACAACAAGUGACAUUGAUAUCCUUGAUGAUGGUUACAAAUGGAGGAAAUAUGGACAGAAAGUUGUCAAGGGAAAUCCAAAUCCUAGGAGUUACUACAAAUGUACAUACCAAGGUUGUCCUGUAAGGAAACAUGUUGAACGUGCAUCACAUGAUAUAAAAGCAGUGAUCACAACUUAUGAGGGAAAACACACCCAUGAUGUUCCUGCAGCUCGUGGAAGCGGAAGCAAUUCUAUGAACAGACCAACUCCAAGCAACCCUUUACAUCAAUCCAAUGUUCCCUAUUCCAUAAGGCCUUUACAGAUGCAAUUGCCACAAGGGCAAGUACGUCCUUUCCACCCUGACUUGCUUCUUGGUCAAGGAAACUAUGGUAUCUCAGGAUUUGGGAAUCAAAUGAUGCCUUACAUGAAUCAUCAGCAGCAGCAACAGCAGCAACACAUGACUGAAAAUGGUUUUUCCUCUAGAGCUAAUGAUGAACCUAAAGAUUUCCUUGCAUCUUUGUUGUGCUGAAAAAGGAUUCUUUCAUUUUUAGUAGAUACAUGGAAGGUUGGAAAUUUUGGGAAGUGGGUUUUGGAUUUUAGGUAUUUUGACAAAUAAGAUAAACUUCAUUCCAUUUAUUGCAUUUGUUUUUUUUUAUGUAAAUUUUAGACAACCACAAGGGGUGGUUUUAGUAUACAUUUCAUCGCCAAAGGAUUGGUUUUGGUUUAGUUUACAUUUCAUAGCCAAAGGAGUGGUUAGUAUACAAUUCAAAGAUUUUAUUUUCCUAUACAAGGUGUUUGUGCAAUUUUUUAA